AUGGACGAUAGCACGCAAAGUGGCUCAGCAGCGGUGGCGGCGGCGGCAGCAGCAGCAGCUGUGCUUGUGCAAAGAUGGGCUGUAGUUGGCAACAGACAGGCUGCGGGUAGGGGCCGACGUCGAUCGAAUUACCGAAAACAACUCACCCUGAAGGGGGGCUGUGCAUUGGGCCUGGCUGGCUGGCUGGCUGGCACGCCUGCUGUCAUGUUGCUCUCCUCGUUGCCUGCCCCCGUCCAACCCCCGAAGGCUACUAUCGAAGUUCUAUCUAAAGCUCAUAAAGGUGUUUUGCAGGAUUAUGCCAAAAAUAGCCUUUCCUUCACCCAAGCGUUUCUCUUUACAUCCGUUAUGGCUCUCUACAAAAAUGCACAUGGGCUCAUUCUCCUUUCCCUCUCCCUUCUCUCUACCACAUUCCAACUACCUCCUUUACACUUUCUCCAUCUCCUUCUUCUUCCACCAGUCCAGUCCAGACCAGUACAAUGCAAUGAGCUGCCCAAAGGAGCUGAAGCAGUUGUCACUGGCGCACUGGAGCACUCACAAGGGCUCAAUCCUCCCCAGGAGGAGGUCUCUGUUUCUGACAAAAAUCGACGCGAAGUGUUAUAG